GGAGUUAAAUGAACGUCGCGUAGCUAUGACGUCCUCUUUACCCGCUUUGAGACAGGAGAUUUAGCAUUUUAGGUCCGCCAUCCAUCGAUAAUACACAAUGGCCGAGGAAGGCGUCGCCGCUGGAGGUGUGAUGGAUGUGAACACCGCUCUCCCCGAAGUGCUCAAGACCGCACUCAUCCACGAUGGUCUCGCCCGCGGAAUCCGUGAGGCAGCAAAGGCUCUGGACAAGCGCCAGGCCCAUCUGUGUGUCCUCGCGGCCAACUGUGACGAGGCCAUGUACGUCAAGCUGGUGGAAGCCCUCUGCGCCGAGCAUCAGAUCAACCUCAUCAAGGUUGACGAUAACAAGAAGCUCGGGGAGUGGGUCGGUCUCUGCAAGAUCGACCGUGAGGGCAAACCCCGCAAGGUGGUGGGCUGCAGCUGUGUCGUGAUCAAGGAUUACGGCAAGGAGUCUCAAGCGAAGGAUGUGAUCGAGGAAUACUUCAAAUCCAAGAAAUAAGAAGUGAAAUAAAAGGAUGAAACUGA